GCUGAUGCUGGGCCCACCCCUGGAAGGAUUCGGUCGGUCGGAUUCAUGGCAGGCUGCGGGGCUCCGGCAGACAGCAGACUGGACAUGGGCGCCGUGUCCGUGCAGUGAGGGAAGGGGAGAGCCGCAGCGUCCAGUCAGGAAGACAUAUCAAGAUGUGGAAGGAUACAGGACGGCAUUCAAUUGACACAGUAUUGGAUAUAAUGUCUGAUUUCUGGAUUCUUCAAAUGUGUGAAAAAUGCAAAUAAAAUUCCCAAUAUUAUCUUAGCAACAAUGGGCUGCAAUGGCACAGCUCUCGGCAGCUGCACUUUUUUCAGUAUGAAUGUGACGACAACGAGCCAGGAUUUCAGUUUUAGUGCAUUCCCUACACCACUCAGGAUAUUGUUGGCAAUAUUAAUGGUACUCAUGAUUGCCAUAGCUUUUUUGGGCAAUGCCAUUGUUUGCCUUAUUGUCUACCAGAAGCCAGCCAUGCGUUCUGCAAUCAACCUGCUUCUUGCCACGCUUGCGUUCUCUGACAUCAUGCUGUCACUGUUCUGCAUGCCUUUUACUGCCGUUACCAUUAUCACUGGGAGCUGGCACUUUGGCUCUCAGUUUUGCCAGAUCUCAGCCAUGCUCUACUGGUUCUUCGUCUUAGAAGGGGUUGCCAUACUUCUUAUUAUCAGUGUUGAUCGCUUCCUGAUCAUUGUGCAGAGACAGGAUAAAUUAAACCCACACCGUGCCAAAAUAAUGAUCGUCACCUCUUGGAUAUUUUCUUUUUGCAUAUCGUUCCCCUCUGUUGUAGGUUGGACAUUGGUUGAAGUUCCGACACGAGCACCACAGUGUGUUCUGGGAUAUACAGAAUUUUCGGCCGAUAGGGCAUAUGCAGUAAUGCUAGUGGUGGCAGUGUUCUUCAUCCCUUUCAGUGUAAUGCUAUAUUCUUAUCUAUGCAUCCUAAACACAGUGAGACGAAAUGCUGUCCGAAUUCAUAACCAUGCGGAGAGCUUAUGCCUUAGCCAAGUAAGCAAGUUAGGGUUGAUGGGGCUUCAGAGGCCUCAUCAAUUAAAUGUGGACAUGAGCUUCAAGACCAGGGCCUUCACUACCAUACUGAUUCUCUUUAUUGGAUUCUCUCUUUGCUGGCUUCCUCAUUCAGUGUUCAGUCUACUGUCAGUCUUCAGUAGGACUUUCUACUACAGUUCCUCCUUUUAUGUCAUCAGUACUUGCAUUUUGUGGCUUAGUUACCUCAAAUCUGUAUUCAACCCUGUCAUAUACUGCUGGAGGAUAAAGAAGUUUCGUGAGGCUUGCAUGGAAUUUAUGCCCAAAACAUUUAAGAUCCUUCCCAAACUUCCAGGGAGGACAAGGAGAAGAAUACGUCCUAGCACCAUCUAUGUUUGUAAUGAACAUCAAUCGGCUGUCUAGGAAAACUCCUUUCAGGGAUUCUUGUUGAACAAGCACAGAACACUUUUGCCUGAUAUUGCACAUAUCUUUAGUUUUUGUCCAGAUUUUGCAGAAUCUUUUUGGCAUUAUGUAAAAUAAGCGUGCUCCACUGAUUUAUGACUUUCAUACUGAUGAGCUGUCCAUGGACGUUCUUCUGUGAUGCCAAUUGUAAACUCAUAAGGUCAUACGUGUUAAUAGUGUUUUAUAGGAGAGCGAAAGAAAAAAUAGCAGGAUUGAACAGAUGAGUUGAUCAGAUUUUUAAGGGGAAGGUGAUUGAGCAAUAGAGAACAGAAUGCCAAACCAUUUGCAAUAAUUAAUAAA